UUUUCCUCAGUGGCAAAAGGUUGCAUGGGCGCCAAUUCGCUCUGUCCACUGCAAUGUGCAGAGUCCAGUUCGACAAAGCAGGAAAGCCUGAGGAGGACUGAUCUGGGUCUGGCAGCUUCGCUGUUUGUUGAGGGUUCUUCCAAGAAAACGUAAUGCAAGGCAAUGCUUCAAUCCAUUCCUGAGCGUCCACAGUUGUGCUCAGACCAAAGCCGCCCAUUGCAAUCCAUCUGCAUACGAGAAGUCGUGCCGUCACAUGCUAAAAGAUGGCCCUUGUCGCCUUUCUCCUGCUGGCCCUCCUUCCCUGCACGGCGCAUGCAUCGUCUAGAUUUCCUUGGCUCUUUGGAUACAACGGGACUGGUUGCCUAAGGAUUCCCAGCAUUCCGUUCGUUGGCUACUGCGGGAUUCCUUAUGAGUUGUCCAACUUCCAAGGGCUCUACGAAUGCCCUAACGAAUGUUCGAUGGGGCGCCCGAAGACGCUGGAGGACGUCAAGGCUCUUGUCCGUGACCACUCCAGCGUCAAGGCCGUCGGUGCUGGCCUGUCGUGGAACGCAGAGCAGUUCUGCCCUGAGGCGCUUCCCAACUCAAUUGGGAUUGCAAUGACAGAGCUCACCAACUUGAGGCCACUGUUCACUGAGGAUCCUUCUGACUGGGACACAGGCAGUCCCGAGUUCCCCAUCCAGGUCGACAAGGAGAACCUGCUCGUGACGGUCGACGCAGGAGUGCCGCUGCGCACCCUGCUUAAUUUCCUGGCGUACCCGGCCUUCUUGCUGUCAAAGGAUACGCCUUACAGCGAGCUUCCACAGUAUGAACCGGGCUAUUUCCUCAAGGGUGUGUCUCAGAUCAUGGACGUAACUGUAGGCGGUGGAGUUGCUACUUCCACCCACGGCAGCAGUCAGAAGCACAGCACUCUCUCGAGCCAGGUCGUUGCAAUUGACGUCAUCCUAGCCAACGGGACAGAGAAGCACUUUACCAAGGAGGACAACCCGCACCUUUUCAAAGCGCUUCAGGUCAAUGUCGGUCAAUUGGGCAUCGUCACUCGCCUCACGUUCGAGAUCGUCCCGCAACCCGUCAUCAAGCGGACCAGGACCUCGCUGACCGCCUACGAGAGCAUUGCGAAACUGACGGAUCUUGCGAACGCGUGGAAGAACGGGAAGGCCCAAGGGAAGUCGCUGCAAGAAGUGAUGGCGGAAAAUGGGUACAAGGAUUUCAUCGUGCUGUGGUUCAUGGCUUUGGACGACAAGGAACCUAACACGUGGUACCUAGAAUUGGAGGAAGACCCAACUUCAUCGACUGUGCCACUCUCCGCAACGGAAGAGGUGCUGCUACAGAAGCUGCUCAACGAGCUGCACGAUUUCAACGGGGCGGCAACCGCAAAGGAGCCCGAAGAUCGCAAGCAGGUGGAGACGGCGGCUGUGCCGCAGAACUGUCUGCUGGGAUACGGUGCAAAACUGUUCAGCGAGAUUUUCCGGAGCGUUGUCAGCGGCGGGCUGGACUCGAUCACGGCGCCCGCCUUGAUUGGCUACCCCACACUGCGUCCGGAGUGGCUGGCCAUAUGGGCGCUCGUCGGACGUACGAAAGAGUACGAGGUCUGCGUCCCCCUGGAAGAGAUUGGAGAGGCGAUGGACGAAAUGCUGGAGUUCUUUGAAGAAUAUAAGCCCGAAGCAAAGUACGGCUUCCGGACGCCGACCGGAUUCCGGCUGGCGGACGAAGAGGACGCAUACUUAGCGUCCGGAAACGGAGGGCCGAGGAUCUGCAUGGAGAUCGACGACUUCUCCUCGCUCAAUACUGACAGUCCAAACUGGCAGGUGAAGAGCUUUUUUCCAGACGACACCUCUCUUCCAGAAUCUUCGUUUCAUUCGGUGGAACUUUACAUAGAGGUCCCUAGGGGCGUUAAGACGGCUAAGGGGGUCCGCCUGAAUAACAUUGUGAGUAUCAUGCUGAAACACAACGGACGCUUGCACUGGGGCAAGGCCGGAAUGGACGAGUUCGGCCGGUGCUUCCGGGGAGCGGAACAGUGGGGGAAAGCCUGGUGCGACUUUGGGUGUGCCGUUCAAGAGCUCGACCCGGAGCCUCGCAAGUUCCAGUCCAGCAGCCCCAUAUGGGAGUGGCACGCCAAGAAGGGGGCACGUGCCGUGUCCGAUUUCCAGGACUGUUGCACCGCGGACGGCUUCUCUCCGCUCUGCACGUGCGACCCUGGCCCGCGACCGGUGACCUGUACUUUCGAGGCGGAGGAGGCGGAAGCGCGGAGGGACUUUAGGAUUGAGUUGUAG